AGAUGAUGAUGAUGUAUACUGUGUAUACAAAGAAGAAAGAAGACGAAGAAGAAGAGCGGCAGUAGCUGCAUCCAUAACGUAACGCUAAAGCUAGAGCGAGUGAGAGAGAGAAGAUUCAAUAGGCGCAGUCAUGGCUUACGUUGUCUGGCGGGUGCUCAUGAAAAAGUACUCCAAAGUACGCCUCGGUCUACGCAAUUUUCCGGUAAUUCCAGCCGAUCGUCGUGCCAUUACCGAUAAAGAGAGCGAAACUUGGACGAACUCGGAGCCGGAAAAGUCGACGAACGACACGACGACGCUCGACUCCAUUAAAGCCAACGUCGUCGAGGAUCAGCCAUCGCCGCCGAAAGUCGAGUCGUCGACGCCAGACGAACAUUUGUCUGGUCGAAAUCACGAGACUCGCAAGAGCAAGAGCAAGAGAGUGAAGAACUAUUUGAGGCGUUGCAAGGGUGCACUGACCAAAGGCGACGACUCGCAUUCCUGCGAGCGUAAAAAAUCCGACCAGCAGCAGCAGUCGGGUAGUUCAGCUUGGUAUGUAGACGAUAAAAAAGAUUCGGUGGAAGCACCACCUCCUCCCGCUGCUCCCGUGGAGACAGAUCCCAGCUUAGUUAAAGAAGCGAGCAGCGGUAGCACCAGCGAGUCGCCCGAACCACCGCCCAGGGCCGACUUGGGAGAUGAAAUCAAAGCCGAGGACAUCUUCGAACUUUGCAAACUUCGCAGCGAGAGCAAAAGCUCGCUGCUGGACGAUGACGACGAGAAGGUAGUAGAAGAUUACUCCUCGUCGAAUAAUCUCGCCGAUAACGUCGAAAUUAAUCGUAACGUCGAGAAGGCCGAUGAUACGACAUCGAAGCCGUUGCUGCUGCUGGGGAUUGAGAGCGACGAAGAAGUGGUGGCAGUGGUUGCUAAGGCUGAAUCCGAGGCUGCCGAGGCUGAGGCUGACGGCGAGUUAAACAAGUGCGACUCGAGCGACACGCUCAUUGCCGAGCAGGAAGAGGAGAAAAGCGAAGAUAAUUCUGGACCUGCCACACCCACCAUUAUACCGCCGACUACCGUGGUGAGUUUGAAAUUCUCUAUUACUUUACUACGGUGGUGGGUAAAUGCGAUGUAA